AUGAUUGAAGAUAUGUUUAGCAGCUAUUUCUAGCAGGUUGAGUGACCACUUUGAGACACUCUCCCAUGUCGUAUUUGAAGUACUAGUAAUUAUGUAGGUCGUCAAGGUGUGGUGUUUGUUUCUAUGGUAACCAGCAGGUGAUACAAGUAGGAAAAUAGCAAGUAUAAGGUUUUUAUAACUGUGAUUAAUGUUUCUUCUUUGAUUUUAUAUCUAUAAGCGAAGAGAUCAGCACAAAAAUAAAAACAAAUCACCGUAAGAUUUAUAAGAUCUAUCUAUCUAUCUUUCUGUUUAUCUAUCUACCUACCUAUCUACUUACAUAUCUAUCUAUUUCUCUCUCUCUCUCUCUCUGUACACGCACACCCGUGUAAUUAAAAAAGAAUCACAACUACUUAAUGAAAAGUGAUUGAUAAAAAUAACAACUGAAAUACGAAGGAAAAAAAAGAAAAGAAAAAGGAACAGGAAAAAGUACAGAAAAGCAAUGGCUCUACCUUUCUUACCUGGUAACUCGUUUAAUUCGAAUAUUGGCAAGAAUAAAUUCCACAAAUCCCAUCAUUUUGAUGUCUGUAAUGAAAUCACACAGCAGGUUGGAUACACAAAACCAGGAAUUGGUGGAGAAACUCGUCCUGACCAAGAACAGUCAAUCACAGCAUUGUUAGUCACAAAACAGAAUGGAACCACAAUACCUAACUGGAUUACUUUUGACAGAAAUGUUCUUUUAUUUAAGGCCUUUUACCAAGAAUCUAUCACUGAAAGUAACCAGGAACGUUUCCGUAUCCAUAAUUGUAGAAUUUACUUUUACCUUGAAGAUGGCACCAUCCAAGUAGUGGAGACAAGGCAAAAGAAUAGUGGUCUUGAUCAAGGAACAAUCAUACAACGACAUCGUAUUCCUAAACCACAACCUCAUGAUAAGGAGCUUUAUACUCUGGAAGACUUCAAUGUUGGGUCAGUUGUGAACUUUUACAGCAAAGUCUUCAAGAUAGUUGACUGUGAUCCAUUUACAUAUAAUUUCCUGUACAACAAUGGUGAGAAAAUUCCUAAACCUGGGACAGUUCCCAAGGAUCCCUAUACUGAAUAUCGCCGAACAGUUGAUGAAGGCCAGCAGCCCAUGCGACCUUAUCAAAAGAUCGAUACGUUGAAGCAGUUCCUUGUCCAUGACCAGCAUGUUCUUAGAUUCUACUGUCUCUGGGAUGACUCGGAUGCAAUGUUUGGUGACCCACACAAGAUGGUGCUUCUCUACUUCCUCUCUGAUGACACAAUAGAAAUCCACGAAGAAAUCCUGCCUAACAGUGGCCGUGACCCAAUUUCAGUUUUCAUCAAAAGAGGCAAACUACCAAAAGUACCUGAUGGUCUACCUCUCCAUGGUCAAAAUGUUGACCGAACAGUCUUAAAUGUGUUUGGCUCGAUGCAUUCCAAAGGACAUUACAUUCUGGACAGCUUAAAGACAGGUGAGCCUGAUAUGUCUUACUACCAUGCCUCUGAUCUUCGUCUUGGAAAUAUUAUCAAUGUCUAUGGCCGACCGUUCCUAAUUUGUGAUUGUGAUAGCUUCACAAAGGAAUAUUACAAAGCCAAUUAUGGAAUUGAAAAUUUGACACCAAUUAAACACGAGAUGAAAGUCAAUGCACCCUUAAAAAUGGCUCUACCACCUUACAAUGGUUUUGGAAGUGAAGAAGACUCCCUUAGUAAUUGUCGAUCUAUCAUUCCAAAAGUCCCACAGAAAGAUUUCCUUAAAUUCAUGAAGUAUGACAGAUCCGGGUUCAACAGCAAUAUUCUACGGUUCCUGGCCAAACUGAAAACACCUGUUGUUGAUGCUGAUAAAAACAGAAACUUCAUAAUCAGUUAUUAUCUCUCAGAUGAUACUAUAUCUGUCUUUGAGCCUGUAAUCAAAAACUCUGGUUUUGUUGGUGGCAAGUUUUUGGAGCGGAGUCGCAUGAAAAAACAUGAUGAGCCAAAAUUCAACACUGAACUCCCUAAGUAUUAUUUAGCAGAAGAUUUGUUUGUUGGGAAUACAGUGGAGUUUGUCAAUCAUCAGUUUAUUAUAACAGACAUAGAUGAGUAUACACUGAGGUUUAUGGAAACAAGACCUGACCAAUUUCCAGCUUCAAACAUAAAGCUGAUCCUUGAAAAAAUUAAAAACUCCAGAAAAAUUGGAAGAAAUGAUUUGCUGAGGAAGUUCUAUGCAAAAACAAAUGGUGAUAAGUCUUCAUCAGUUGUCAGCUACCAUGAUUUCUCAUCGGUGUUGUCUGAAUACCAAUUAGACCUUUGUGAACAUGAAAUUCUUGUGCUGGCUCGUCACUAUGGCAACAAAAAAGACCCUGAAGUUAAUUUUGAAAGAUUGGUCAGCUGUGUCCAGGAACAGUUAAAGAAAGUCAAUUAUGAAGACUACCAUAAGAUUUUGGCACGAUUCAAAUAUGAAGAUCGCUCUGAAACUGGUUACUUGCCUGCCUCAGCCAUUCGAAGAAUAAUGUUAGGUCAAAAAUUUCCAAUCUCAAAGGAUUUACUGAAUCACCUUCUAGAAAGGUUCACUAAUGAGGAAAAUUCUAUUGAGUACGAAGAGCUUGUUAGUAAAAUUGACUGGCAGGCACAUCAACUUUCACAAAUUGUGGAUGGAGACACAAAUCUGGUGAAAGUAAUGAAAAGUAAGGUGGUCGAUGAUGUAGCAUAUGAACAGCUGAUUAACAAUCUCUACCCAGAUGAAGAAUUACAGUAGUUUCACUAGUGUGUUAUGUGUACAGGUGAAUGUAUGUGUAUACAUAUGCAUGGAUGUACACACACACACACUCACAUGUACGAGUGAGUGGACAAAUAAAAGAAAGGCACUCAACAUAAUUACUGGGAGUUACAUGUAUGGAUCAAAACAGCUUGAUUCAAGUUUGUUGUUUGAGUUUUAAGUGUGAUGAUAAUCUCCAGCCAUUUUCAGCUGUUGGGAUACCUAGGAAUUUGAAUCAAACUGUUUUCAUCCAUCCAUAUAUAUGUAUAUAUA